AUGGUUGUGCUGGAUUGGAGUCAACCUUUUGAGAUUAUGUGUGACACUAGUGAUUAUGUUGCGGGGGCUGUUUUGGGUCAAAGAAGAGAGAAGAUAUUUCGAGCUAUUUAUUACGUGAGCAAGACCUUGAAUGAUGCUCAACGAAACUACUCAACUACAGAGAAGAAGAUAUCAUGCAACGCUUCAUUAUCUUUUUACAAAGAAAGAUGCCAAACCGAGGUUGAUUCGUUGGGUGUUGAUAAGAAGGGAAGUGAGAACUUGGCGGCUGAUCACUUAUCUAGAUUGGAGAAUGGAGCAGAGGAAGAAAACAAUCCCAUUAAAGAAAUAUUUCCAAAUGAGUUGUUAUUGGCAGUUUCAGCGACAGUUCCUUGGUUUGAUGAUAUUGUCAACUACAUAUGGGUAGAAGCAAUUGCUACCAUAACGAAUGAUGUUAAAGUUGUUAUGAAGUUUCUGCAUAAAAACAAUUUUUAUCGCUUUGGUACUCCAAGGGUCAUUCUUAGCAAUGAAGGGACUCACUUUUGCAACAAAGUCCUUGAUGCUCUCUUGAGAAAAUAUGGAGUGAGCCAUAAAGUGGCAUUAGCUUAUCAUCCACAGUCCAAUGGACAAGCUGAAGUAUCAAACCAAGAGGUCAAGUUAAUCUUCGAGAAGACGCUCAAUACCAAUAGAAAAGAUUGGUCUCAAAAGCUUGAUGAUUCCUUGUGGGCUUAUCGGACUGCCUUUAAGACUCCUCUUGGUAUGUCACCAUAG